GAUGGCCCGCGCCAACACCAGUACUAUCUCGAGUGGCGUCUACGUGCGGUCCAAAAUGCACGUGUACCGCAAGGUAGCGCCGCCAGCAACCCAGCUUCUCCAAGUGCGCCGUCCGCCAGAGGUUGCCCACCCGCACUACCACGUAGAGACGCAAGACAACCAGUAUCCGUUGGCGCCGCCAAAGUAUUCGUUGGACUUUUGGGACGAGAUCACUGAGCUGCUAAUCGAGCCCGUCGAGGAGACGAAGCCGUUGUGGCAGAGCCCCGAAGCGACGGCGACGAGAGACCACCUGCUUCGCGAGCUCGCGUCCAUCCAAGUGCAUGGUCUGCACUCUAUUUAAACGCUCAAAUUUUAUUUAUGGUGCUGAACGAGCAGGAUACGAGUUGAACGAGGGAUGAAAGACAUGGAGGUACGCUAUA